AGUCAGAAUUCUGGGAUAAAAAGUCAAAAUUACCUUUUUUAUUUUUUAUUCAGUGGCAGAAACAAGUUUCCAUAGAUAUUUCAGUAAGAUGAAACCCAAAACUUAGGAAAUUUAAAACGGUAAUCCAACAGUUUCUGUCAAAAAAUCCUGUCAUCACUGUCGCACAUUGAAUUCUGGGGUAAUCUAGGCCUCAAAGGAUCCAUCUGUUGUAUCUUUCGUUGCCUGGGAAAUGAAGGACGCAUUUUGAGGCCGCAUUUGAAGGAGCCUUUGAGUUGGGACAGCCUUCGUUGCGUUGCUGUGAUGCAGUCGGCCUUUGAAUGCAGCCUUUGAAGAAUGCAGCCUCUAAAGUCAAAGAGCAAGGUUUGCAGCCACCUUAGAGCAACCUCCUGCUGACUUCAGUCCCAUCCCUUUCCCAACGCACCUUUAAAGUAAUCCUUAGCAUUUUGAUUAGCUGGUAGCUGUUGUUUGGCUACCCCUGUUCUAAGCUGUGUCCCAAUUUAGAGGCUGCAUCCUUCAAAAGAAAAUUGCAGCAUGACAAAGGAUGUCCCAAUUUGAAGGCUCCUUCAAAUGUGGCCUCAAAAUGUGUCAUUUGUGGCCUUCGAAGAUGUGGUCUUUGAAGUCUGCUUCCUUCAAAGGAUGCAGCCUCUGAAUUGGGAUGCAGCUCUAGAGUGAUUAGAAGCAUUUAUGUUCAGAUGACUGGCUCAUAACAAAACAGCAGAACUGAGCAAAGACGGUGUCUCCCCUUUUUCAGCCCAUUUUCAGCCUAUACAUUUUGCAUACUUCAAAUUGCAUACUUCUAGGGAAAGCAGUAGCAAUUGUAAAACUCUUGCAAGAAUUUUUGCUGCUACCAAUAUUAGGUUUAGUAUUGCUGCUCAACACCAACUAAACACACUGUAUAAAUGUUGUGUAUGAAUCACAUUUUUGACUGUGCAAGGCCAUCUGAUCUCUUUCAGAGAGAAUUGAAAGGUUUUAUAUUUGAGAAAACCACCAAAGUGCAAUUUAGAUGCAGUUCAUUCAGUUGUUAUCCUCUGAUUCUUAUGUUCCGAUUAACAUUUUAAAAUAGAAUCUCAUUAGCAUGUUGUUUUGAUGAUCAUCAAAAUCUAUCCCACUAGAGACCUAGUAAGACCAGACUAGUGAGAUUUUUAAAAGCAUGCACUCAUGUGCGCCCUCAAACAUUCGUCUACAUGUCAGCAAUGGCUCUGUUCUUUCUCUUAUAACUGUAUUUGCAGAUACUCUCAAUCAUGAAUAUUUCUCAGAGUAGUGCGGGUCUUGGCACCGUGCUGCCUCUAACUAGUUUCGAGAACGUUCUUUUGUUUCUCUUCAAUGUAAUCCUCGCCACAGCCAUCAUUUUCCUCAACGUGUCCGUGUUUCUGUCCAUCGUGAUGAACAGAUCCCUGCGCAGCGAGAACCGCUUCAUGUACAUGCUCAGCACGUGUCUCAGUGACAUCUGCUCGGGCGUCUCGUAUUAUUAUGUUGGAGUUCUGGAUGUACGCGAUUCUUAUGACUCUCCGACUCGCACUUUUUACAUCGCGCCCACUUUUCUGGGUCUGUCCUAUAUGGCGAUUCUGGCCGCGCAGGCGGACCGUUACCACGCGGUCUCAGCGCCUUUCAAAUACUCGCAGCGCAUGACCCGAAACAGAACCCUGCUGGUGAUUCUGGCCUACUGGCUUUAUGCUUUUUUGAUUGUGGCUGUUAAUAAUUUGGUGACUAUGGGGGUCGCUAAGAAAGUGACAGGUUUUGGUACUUUUGUGGCGAACAUUUUCACAGUCAUUAUCAUGAUUGGUUUGAACGUCAGGCUGUUUUUCAUUGCCAAAUUUCAGCUAGAGCGCGAACCGCCGAGCGCGGAACGGGACAACAAGCGCGCGUCCAUUUACCUCAUCAUAAUAGUGGCUGUAUGUUUUUUGAUCGCAUGGUUGCCUAUUUUUCUUCAUAUUAUUGCGUGUAAUUUCGCGGGGUCCACAUGCUAUACAUUCAGAAAUGAGGGUUCAGACCCGCUCCGCAUUCUGCCACGGGUAAAUGCAGUUCUGACUCCCUUAUUGUAUAUCAGGGGCUGUUCUGCACUAAGGAGCACCCUACUAAGUAAAGUCUGGAGAACACAAUGCUGCAAGAGGAAAAGUGUGAACCCUCUGUCAGUGGUGAAGAAGGAUGAAGCGGUCAUCUUCAAGAUGUGAUCUUACAAGUUAUAAGGCAAGAAAGGAAAAGAGUUUAAAAGAUCAAGUGCCACCUGAAAAUCUCACUUUAUAUUUGCUUCUGGCUGUUAUCUUGUUUCUAAAAUCAUAAUAAAGUCAUAUUUUUAAUAUCACAAGAUAUCACCAAUGUCACUUAUGCUGGCAGGGCAGCAUAAGUGGGUGUAGUAUGGAAAACUUGAAAUUGUCAAUAUCGAGUAUUUUUAUGCCCCCUUCACAUGGCUUUAAUAUGCAAUAUUCCACAUGAGAUAGAAAUAAAAAAGGAUUUUUCAUGCAUCUUUGCUUGAUUUAAUUGUCUAAACUUUUAAUGCAAUCAGAAUAAUUUAUCAAUAAAUUCCACAUGGCCUGGUUGAUGCAUUGUAUUAUUUUGACUUGAAUGUUUCAAUGUUUAAUCAAAAAAAAAAAAUAAAUAAAUAAAAAAAAUCAGAGAUAAUGUGUUGGUCUUUUUCACUGUGUAUGUGAUUUUUAGUAUCAGUGAAUGUUUUAAUGAUUAUAAAAGACUCCUUCAGAGAAAAUGUUAAUAAACUAAAGACCAGUAUUAACUUGUAGAAUUUACAUAUUAUCAAUAUACAAAUGGCCAGUUAAAUCAGGUAUUAUUUUCUUACCAUUUAAUAAGAUGAUUCUGUGUAAAUAUCAACCAUAUGUGAAAAUUCACUGGAAAAAAAAAAAUCUCCUUUUUUACUACUUCCGCUCAGCGCGAGUUUGAGUUGUCUCAAGCAGCGCGCGCACGGGAAACUGACGUACAGAAACAGCGCGAAAUUUGUGAGGUAAUGUUUAUAUCACCACUAUUUAUUUCAGCGUUUUAUGAAAAUAAUAUAUUAGUGAUAUUAAUCGAUGAUUAAAGUGAAGGUUAAGUAAGAAUUAGUUUGAAAGAAAAACAACGAAGCGAGCUAGUAAUAAAUCUCCCGUUCUUCAAAUCCCUUUCUUGAAUCACGACACG